CGUUUUUUUUUUUUUUUUUUUAAUGGUAACGCAGCUAACCAGUACUAGUCACGAAUGUGUCAGGACUAGUGAUAGGAGAGCAAUAUGCAUCAUAAAUUACAAAGUUUUAGUUCUCCAUUUAAUUUGUGCAUAUAGGACAAACUGGAUAUUAGCAAAUACGUUUAGCUAAAAUGUGCAAGACAAACAAGCUAACAAGCUAGCAGUGGUAACGGUAUUUUGGGUUUACUGAUGUUAAAUAGUCCGCCGCUGGCAGAGCUGGUUAGUCUGUAUGGCACGGAUACCAAGCUAACGAUGGGUAGUGGGCUAUUGCUUGAAUUUUAUCCAGAGUAUUUCUAGGAACACGCUCCAAGAUGAAUAAAUGAAGAGGCAUGGAAAGUAACGGGCGUGUAAUUUCGAGCUCGGGGUCUUUGGGUUAUUUACAACUGGAUACCCACAGUGAAGGAUUAGCUUGUAUUCACCGUGGAAUGACGACGUUUGCUCCGGUCAGCCGCCUCGGAGCACACGGGUGUCGGUGAUGCUGUGUAUCGUGGCCAAAUGCCCCGAUUUUUUCUGAAUUGGGACAGAGCGACCAAACUUCAUUAUAAAUCAUGAAAAACUGCGAGUAUCAGCAGAUCGACCCGCAGGCACUUCCGACACCGACCCCGACCCCUCCGCCUCACCAUGGAAGCGAGGGUGACAAGAAAGAGGAGCCGAGAAGACCGAGGAGAAAGUGGGAAGUUUUCCCCGGAAAGAAUCGCUUCUUCUGCGGGGGACGGAUCAUCGUGGCCCGGCAGAGCGGGGUCCUGCCCCUCACCCUGGGCCUCAUCCUCGUCACAAGUGGAUUGUUCUUUAUAUUUGACUGUCCCUUCCUGGUCAAACACCUGACCAGCUGCAUACCCGUUAUUGGAGGAGUCCUCUUUGUGUUUGUGGUCAUCACCCUGCUCCAGACCAGCUUCACUGACCCCGGCAUCCUGCCCAGAGCGACGCCAGACGAGGCUGCGGACAUUGAGAAACAGAUUGACAACACUGGAAACACGAGCUAUCGGCCUCCGCCGCGCACCAAGGAGGUCGUGAUCAACCAGCAGGUGGUCAAGCUCAAGUACUGCUUCACCUGCAAGAUGUUCCGGCCUCCACGCACCUCCCACUGCAGCCUGUGUGACAACUGUGUGGAGCGGUUCGACCAUCACUGCCCCUGGGUGGGGAACUGCGUAGGGAAACGCAACUACCGCUUCUUCUACACCUUCAUCGUGUCGCUCUCCUUCCUGACGGCAUUUAUCUUCGGCUGCGUGACCACACAUCUGGCGCUGAGGGCUCAAGGUGGAAAAGGCCUGGUGUUUGCUCUGCAAGAGAGUCCAGGCAGUGCAGUGGAGCUGGUGAUAUGUUUCUUCUCAGUCUGGUCCAUCUUGGGCCUCUCAGGCUUCCAUACAUACUUAGUCUCUUCCAACCUGACCACUAAUGAAGACAUUAAAGGCUCCUGGUCGGGGAAGAGCGGAGAAGAUGUCACGAACCCAUACAGUCACAGAAACAUCUUCAUCAACUGUUGCUCUGUGCUCUGUGGACCCAUGCCACCGAGCUUGAUAGACAGACGAGGUUUCCUGCCCGCGGACGAAUCUGCCCAGACAGGCGGCGCAGACAUCGAGGUGCCAGCUCUGGCCACUAAAAGCGAGAUAAAUGUGUGCACACAGGGAACUAAAGGUCUGCUGGAGUCAGCCACUCUCCCUCCGCUCCUGUCCACCUCGUGCCCUCAGGGGAAACCUCAGACAGCUCAUACCUGCCCGGACAGCAGCCCUGCGGUGAACUCUGACCCCUCACCGGAGCUUUCCGUGAGCUGCGGGGCCCGCCACGCCGCCAGCUCCCCGGGCGACGCCUCUCCAUCACGUCACAGCAAGGCCUGCUCGAAGAAGAGUAAACGAGCGGCUUUACAUAUUCCCAACCCCGCCUUCGACAUCCCCGUUUCCCCUACCUCUCCGGACGCUGCCAGCUUCGCCCCUUUGCACUGACCGACCUUAAAUGACGACUUUCUCAAGUGAAAACACACAUUGUUUGAAGCUUGCAUGCUGUAAAACAGUGAGAUACAAGUAUGAUUUCAAUUUUCUUUUCCCCUCUUACUCUUUGUUGGCUCUCUGAAAGUCCAAGGUAUCGUCACUGAGUAAAGGGAUGACAAUCACAAAGAGAUGUUAUUUUGUGAGAUCAACCUACGGGAAAUAGGAGAAGGAUGAAGAUUACUCUGACAGUAAAGGGGUUGGGGCUUUGGUACAGAAUGGAAAGCACAUAAAAAGAUGAAAUGUUAAAGAUGGAGGCACUAGAAUACUGAUAGAGCCAUAUGUCUUUCAAAUGAUUCUCAUGUGAAACAUGAAUUUUACCAGCAUGUCAGAUCCACUAGGUUUUGUGAAACAGUGGCUUUGAUGUAACAGGGAGCUUGAAAAGCUUUGUGCGGAGGGUUGAAGCUCAGAAUCUGUAAGUAUCUGUAAAGAGAAAAAGUUGCGGUUAAAGGGAAAGUCCAUCCCAAAUACAGAAUUCACAAAUGUCAUUUCCAUAGUACUGUGCGGCUCGGUUUAUAGCGUGAAUCUGAGCCAGUUUCUCCUUAAGUUGAAUAGCAUAGCGACAGUUUGUGCUGAUGAUGUCAUGUUGCGAUAUAUAGACGGUGAAUAAUGGAAAAAGUCAUGGGGAUUUAGAAAGCGGCCAUGUGGCGGCGUCUAUUUUCAUAUCGAACGCUCAGUGUUCAAAAUCAAACUCACUGUUUUAGUGAAAACACUUUCAGUACUCAUCGUCAUAGAAACUCUGCCGGAGGGAUGAACGACAUUCUUCCAGAAGACGUUCCCUUGUUUGGUGUUUUGAUGAAAAUAUUGUCGAACAUCAUCAAAACCGACAAUCAGACAAGCACUUGAUGCACUGAUUGCAUCCCUACCUCAUUUUAAACUGUUAAUUUUAUUUCACCCGUCUCUAUAACAACAGGAUGUUACUCACACCUUUGACCUUUGACUUCAGAUGUGUUCAGACUCAACUUUGUGUCUUGCAAUUUUUACCUAAUCUUGAGCGCCGAAUAUCUUUAUCAUUUCAGUUUUCACCAAGAUCCGAGAUACAGCACUUUGUUGCUAUGCCAACAUAGUUCCUGGGAAAUGAAAUGAAAUCAAAUUACUAUAAACUAAUUGAAACAGAGAAAACCAUGAGCCAGGCAGUAGUUCAGUGACAGAGUACUUGAAGUGCAUUUAAAAAACAUACAGAAAGCAAAGAGAGUGAGGAGAACUGUGGAGUACUUUGCUCCAAAAUAUCAAAUAGGUGUUGAACUGUCUUGAGUUUAUGAGUCACAUAAUUUUAAAACGGUGUGAAUUUUGUUUUUGUGUGGAUUUCUCCUUUAACUUCGCACAAACAGCACAGUGGGUUCAGUGUGUAUCAGUGGUAUUGGUGUGUACCGUCGUUCAGAUUUCCGUGCUGUAAAAAUGGCAGUGAAUGCAACUGCAUGAUAACGACUACAGACGUAUAUUAUGGUAUUUUUUUAUUUUAUUUUUUGGUUUUGUUUAUUUAAAUCCAUUCAAACGUCACAUCACACUCCUCAGAGGACCUCCACCGCCUUUUUUGUUUUUCUUUUUUCUCGGAGGAGAGCCGUGUUUUGGACUCAUGACCAUAGUUGUGUAGCUGAAGCAGCGUUACUCAUUCCUGCUUGUGUUGGUCAUUAAUGUCACACAGUAAAAAAAUUUAAAGCUCUGUUUCAAAUGUCCGCUUCCUGCUCGCACUUUGUCUCAGCAACAGCAAUACCUGUCCUCUCCUCCUUAAAAAAACGUUUUACUUUGUGCGCUUUGACAAAUCUAAACGAUGUAUGUGAAUGGUGGACGUGUUGAUUUGUUCUCAGGUGGAAAGCUGUAGGGAUUAGGUAUUCAAUAUGCAAGUUCUAUGUGACAUAUAUCAUGUUAAUCCACAUUGUAACCUGAUGGCAAUAGCUGCACAAAAAUGCAACGACCCGACUCAUCCCCAGGCACUAUGUCGUAGGCAUGCACACACACACACACACACACACACACACACACACACACACACUGUUUGUCUGUAGCUCACCUAAAGAGUGUUAACACUGAGUAGAGAAGCAUCACUUCAUGUGGAGUAUUCAGUGUGUCAUCAGCAGUCAUCCCAGCAUCCUCUGGAUUAUCAGUGAGAGUGAAUGCAAAACAAUGCAUUCGUGAGGAGAAACACUUGUACUGUAUUUGUACAAACUGUGUGGUUAUUUAAGCCAAUGCUACUGUCGAAAAUAAAGAAAAAAGGAGAACAAA